AUGCAAGCAUUAGCCCAACGAAUUGAUGUGGACAAGCCUCUUUAUGACUUGUCCACUUUUAAAGGACGUUUCCAGCAUUUUGCCUGGAUGACAGAUCCAAGAACUGUCAUUGUUUCCAGUGAUCGUCUACUGCAAGCCAAGAGUCUAGUUGAUGCCUAUCGCAGAGGUGAUGCCAUUGACACAACUCCCGACAAAGUGAAAUAUGCCAUGAAAUUAUAUAAUUCAGCUUUUCAUCCUGAUACCGGUGAAUUGCAGAAUUUCUGUGGCCGCAUGAGUUUCCAAGUGCCUGGCGGUAUGCUUAUCACUGGUGGUAUGUUGGCAUUUUAUCGCACCGUACCCGCUGUUGUCCUGUGGCAAUUCAUAAAUCAAUCGUUCAAUGCUGUUGUCAAUUACACCAACAGAAAUGCCAAUUCACCAACUACGGUGACUCAGUUGGGUGUUUCUUAUGUCUCGGCCACCAGUUCAGCUCUAAUUGCAGCCAUUGGUCUUAAAAAUUAUUGGACAAAGAAGGCAACUCCAAUAUUCCAGCGUUUUGUACCCUUCGCUGCUGUGGCUGCUGCAAAUUGUGUCAACAUCCCUCUAAUGCGUCAAAAUGAAAUUAUCAACGGCAUUGAGGUGAAAGAUGAAAAUGGCAAUGUUGUGGGCAAAAGUCGUACGGCUGCUGUCAAGGGUAUUAGCCAAGUUGUCUUCUCACGAAUUACAAUGGCAGCACCCGGCAUGUUAAUACUGCCCUUCAUUAUGGAACGAGUUGAAAAGUUCCCUAUUUAUAAACGAAUGCAGUGGAUUAAUGCACCUUUCCAGACAGCUUUGGUUGGAUGUUUCUUACUGUUUAUGGUGCCAACUGCGUGUGCCCUAUUUCCCCAAACUUGUUCUUUGAACACAUCGACCAUUAAACGCCUUGAACCGGAAUUCUAUGAGGAAAUGUUAGAAAAUACCAAAGGAAAUGUUCCUGCCAAGGUAUACUUUAACAAAGGUCUCUAAAACAA